AUGAGUCUCCCACACCCCCAAGGCAUGAGCUCCUUCUGGAGAAAAGACCCUCUUCCCCUGGAUAACCACCGUUCCACCCCCCACCUGCCGGCGGAGAGCGACUUGGUCAUCGUUGGCGGGGGAUACAGUGCCGGCGCCCUGGUGACGCAUAUUCUGGCCGAGUACCCCGACCAUCCGUCUAUUCUGGUCUUGGAGGCUCGCCAGCUGUGCUCAGGGGCGACAGGCAGAAAUGGCGGCCAUCUCAAACCAGACCCGUACUCGCAUGCCGGCGCGUUGGCCAAUGAACAUGGCCUCGCCGCUGGACAAGAAGUUGCGGCGUUUGAAAACGCCAACCUGGUCGCUGUCAAGAAGUACAUCGAACAGGAGAACGUCGACUGCGACCUGGUCGUGACGCGCGGGUGCGACGUGCAUUUCAAGGAGGAGCAGGUCGCCCAGGCGAAGAAGGCGUUGCAGAUGAUGAACAGCGGAGACGCUUUUCAGACCUGCAAGAAUGUAGAACAGGUAUCUGGCGUCAAAAACGCCCGGGGCUGCGUCACCUUCACAGCAGGGCAUUUAUGGCCCUCCAAGCUGAUCCACCAUAUGUUCCGUCAAGCCAUCGCGCAGGGGGUCAACGUCCAGACGCACACAUCCGUGCAGUCCCUGACUCGUCUCCCAGACGGCCGGUGGUCGCUGCUGACCUCGCGCGGGACGGUGAUCGCCCGCCAGGUGGUGAUGGCCACCAACGCGUACACAGCCGCCCUGCUGCCCGAGUACCACGAGCAGAUCAUCCCGUACCGCGCCGUGAGCUGUCGGAUUGUGACGCCCGGCAAGGCCCCCCUGCUGACCAACACGUACUCGCUGCGCUUCACCGACUGGGACUUUGACUAUCUGAUUCCCCGGCCGGACGGGAGCAUCAUCGUCGGCGGCGCGCGGUCGGCGUACUGCCAGAAAAAGGACGCCUGGUACGGCAAUGCAGAUGACAGCGGCGUCAUUGAAGAGACCCGACGGUAUUUCGACGGAUACAUGCAGCGUCACUUUAUCGGAUGGGAGGAGUCCAACGCCCAUGUCGAUGAUAUCUGGACCGGCAUCAUGGGCUAUUCGCGCGACAAACUCCCUCGCAUCGGUCCAAUCCCCCAUCGAGACGGACUGUUCAUCAUGGCAGGCUGGACAGGACACGGAAUGCCCCAGAUCUUCCUGGCUGCCAAAGGCAUGGCCGAGAUGGUGGUCGGGGGCAAGCCGUACAGCCAGACCGGUCUCCCCCGUUUGUUCGAGGAGACGCCGGAUAGGAUGAAGGCGCCGAAUAAAGUUCUCGAAGGAUGGAGCAAGGCGAAGCUGUGA